AGUGCAUAUAAUCAACAUAUUAUCGACGGUGCUUAGAUAUUGAUCCUGUAUUUCGAGGUAGUUCAAAUUCACCUCUCUUGGACCUUCGGCGUUGACCUCAAUUUUUCCGCGCUCGGGGAAGAACAAGUAAACUGUAAAAUGCCGAAGAGAAAGUCUCCAGAAGGCGCCGAGGGCAAGGAUGCCCCAAAAGUCACAAAACAAGAGCCCACCAGAAGGUCAGAGAGAUUGUCAGCGAAACCUGCUCCACCCAAGCCUGAGGCCAAGGCCAAGAAGGUCACUGUCAAGAAGGUGGCAGAUGAUAAGGGCGCCAAGGCAAAGAAAGGUGGCGCUAAGGGAAAGAAGGACGACGGUCCUGCUCAGAAUGGCGAGACCAAGACCAAUGAGAUCUACGUGUCUCGUCCGUCAGUCAGUGUGUCUUCUACCAGAAGCACAGCUCCCUCCAUGAUGUCAGUGAGAGGGCAGAGUGAGACAGUCAGAGUUAAGGGUAACUAAAGCGGCGGAGGAGGGGACCGAGGAGAAGGCGUAGAGACGCGGGCCCAUCCACCGACUUGUCCCCCGAUUCCAUGGCAGCAAAGCAUCUUUUUUUACUGACGAUUUUUGUACCAUGCCGAGUUUUUUUUAGAAUUGUGAUAGUAGAGACGGACAACCAGCAGUCCCACCCUGUGCAUCCACACUCCUAACAGCUCCAGAAGACGCUCCUCCGUCACGCGUUGCUAUACGGUCAUGCCUCUCACAAGCCGAAAGGCGAAAUGAAGUGGUUUCAUCCGGCGGCUGCAGAUGUUCUCCAUCCUGCCUGACGGGGACGGUUACGAUCUCUAAACCGGCUCUGUCGACGUUUGCAGUUAUUUUUAUCGACGCGAGACGAUCGUGACAACGAGGCGCCAAAUGAGACGCUCCGGCACGCCCUCCACCUCUCACUGGUUAGGGUGGAGAUUUGUGGAUGCGGAACCAGGUCCACAGUCUCCAUGGAGAACAUCUGCAGCACUUUAGGAAUCUCGCGUUUUUAGACUCAUCGCCACCGUGUUCCACAUAACUCCUUUUGUAUGUGUGUGUGUGUGUGUGUGUGCUGGAGUGAAUGUGUUUGUGGGUCACUGUGUUUGACUCCCCCCCCCAGACCACACCACCCCCGCCCCCUCCAUCCCACCCCGAACUCCAACACCUAUCCUGCAUCAGAGUGACAUAGCAAUAACGAGUGGUGCUUCUGUUCUAGACGACUCUUUUGGCUUUGGAACCUCUGGGCUUCUUUGAGUUUCAUCCUGUUGGGAGAAUAUUUUGAAAUAAAAGAAAAAAGUCAAUGUCA